ACUACUGGGCCAUACGGUGCCCAUCAGUGGACAGACAGGUAUCGCGAAGGCUAAGCGAGAGGUUGGAUGCAAAGGUCGGUUUAAUAGUUAUAGAUAUAAAUGCAAAGGACACUGCAAACAUGGCAAGUUCCGAGGUGGUUAUUGUCACAAGGAAAACGUGUGGACAGGUGGUUGUGUAUUGUCGGUCAAUUAGGUUCAUAAAAGCCGGCUGUCGUUGCAUUUCAAAACACCGGUCGUUCAGACACUUGUGUCCGACGCCUCAACCGCACACUCAUCGGCAUUACUGUCACCACAACUCGCGUACAAUAAUAAGCACAUCGAUGUCGACCACCACAUCACCCCCACCGGCGACUACACCCAAGGGCUACGCGACGAUCGCCAUCGAGGGUAACGUGGGCUCUGGGAAGACCACAUUCACGGGACACACCUACAGACAGUGA